AACAUGGCGUUUUGGAGGGUGAAGGUUUCGAACUGUGGACUAUUGCUAUCUCAUUUGCCUCGCCGGAACAGGACAAAAUCAAGGAAAUACGUCCAGUUGUGCCUGUGCCCCUUUUCGAAUGCGGCCUGGAACCAUAAGUGCCGAAAUACGGAAUGGAGGCUACAGCCUUGGCUUUGUCUACAGGCGUGCAGUAUCCACAGUUCGAGCCUUCCCAGUCCCAUCAGUGGGGAGGUAACGGUGGUGUACAAGGACGGCCUUCCCGAGAUCACGGUGCCGCUUCCCUCUCGACGAGACCGGUGCCGCUUCACGCUGCGACCGCUGGGCAGCACGGUGGGAGACUUCAUGCGCAGCAUCUGCGUCGAAGACCGCGGCGUCGACCACGUUACCGUCACCUCCACAGAUGGCGUGCGCAUAGCAUCGACGUCCUCCAUCGAGUCUCUCCUGCGAGAAAACUUCAUUCUAACACUAAACAACCAGAUCUACCUCGUUGAACCACCAUCUAUAGACCGCCUGACGAGUGAGGAGACGCAGACGCUGUCCGACCUAAAGAUGCUGGUGGCCCGGCUGUACGAGAGCCUGACAGUGAACGAGCACCAGCUGGAGCAGGAGCGGAAGCUGCUGGACCGGCUGCACAGCGUCAAGGAGCAGCUGGGCCCGCUAGAGCGCAAGAAGAGCGAGCUCAUGUCGCUCUCCCAGCGGCGGACCACGCUGCUGUCGUGGCUCGGGCUGGGCCUGAUGGGCGUCCAGUUCGGCAUAUUGGCUAGGCUCACUUGGUGGGAGUACUCGUGGGACAUCAUGGAGCCCGUCACCUACUUCAUCACCUACGGCACCACCAUGGCCAUGUACGCCUACUUCGUCGUCACCCGCCAGGACUACGUGCUUCCAGAAGUGCGGGACCGCCAGUUCCUGAUAUCCUUCUACAAGUUCGCUCGCCGCCAGGGCAUGGAUGUGUCCCGCUACAAUGCCCUUCGCGAAGAGCUCUACGAGAUCGAGGAAGAGCUGCGCCGCCUCAGGGACCCCCUGCAGAAGCACCUUCCCGUGCGCGAACUCGGCCAGCUUUGCAAAGAGGACGAGAAGGAACAGGCCAGCUAGCUCUUCCUUGCCGCCCCAUGAACUGUUGCUUCGGCGCCUGCCUCUCCCUAGAGGCAUCGCCACCCGUUCCUGCUCCCUUGUGUUGUCACUCCAACCCCAUUGGUACUCAGCCCAAGCCAAAAAAAAAAUUUUUCCCCUUUUAGCGAAUCAGAAGAAGGACAGUUAGCUGCUACUUGCGUUGCCCCGUUUUUUUUUAAUGCUACGUAUGACGAAAUCGCUUAAUUUCUUGGAUACUCCCGUGGUAUACUUGCGUUGUAACACCCGUGUGAGCGAAACAUUUGUCUGGCAUUGGUGUGCCGGCAUGUGCCCACCAAAGUGUGGGUCCUGUCGUGACGUCAAAAGGUUCGACAAUAAUUUUUGGGCACCGUGGGCGUGGCAUCGUCCACUGCUUCUGACACUGUCGGGGACUGACACGGGUGCAACUUUGCUUUUCGUAAGCUUGAAAUAACCUUGUCUCGGUAUCCUAUGACUGACAAAAGCGUCAUUGUGAAUGAAACUUACUGAUGCACGGCUGCAACGCUGUGAAGUCAUCACACACAUUCGCAUGUGAAACCGCGUCACGUGAAAUGGUCGUGUGAAGUUGGAGAAAAAAGAAGGUUGUGAUGGCGUCAUGUAUAGCUUGUAUAGCACACAUAUAUGCACCGAGAAGUAGACGACGCUUUGCGUUCAUAAAUUUUAAAUUUUAGGCGCCACUUGUAAUGGGAACAGAUUGUUCGGCUCCUUAUGAACUCAUUCGCGCAUCAGUGCCUAAUACAACAGUCGCGCAAGCGUGCACGUGUAGACAGCAAGUCCCGGACUCUUGUGCAUAGGACUUUAAGCUAAGCCAUGGGCAGAUCCAGCCAAUCAAUUUAGGGGGGGGUCACCUAAAGUAACACCGGAGAAUGGGGUGUGCAUGGUCAUGACCUUUUGUUUUAACUAGCAGAAAAACCCCUUCGUAGCAUGAAUACUCUUAAUGUGUGCUCACAGUGGUUUCACUCAUUUGUCCCAAUGAGUGAUAGGAGGUGGACUACAAACACUGAAUAGAAGGGGAGAGUGCUUACAGAUAGUUUGGGGGGCGAGCGCCCCUAUCACCCCCUCCUCUGGAUCCGCCACUGAGCGAAGCAGCAUUGAAAGCUCCACUUCAGUGGUCGUUCUCAAAUGUUUUUUUGUGCGUGAAGCUGUAGACUAACGGUACGCUGUUGAUUUGCAGGGUAACAGUACGCGAAGAGGCUCGUGUGUAAUACAAGCGAUAACUAGGCGCUGUUCGUCAACAUGGUGACCGCGUCUUUGGUCGAACGUAAUGACUAGGGAUUCUUUAGAAAUAGUUAGGGCACUCACAAAGCUUUCACGAGCUAUCGUAUUACAUGCACAUUGUGAAUGAUGGUCUGUAGAAGUAAGCUGCUCUUUCGUGAUGCCAGUGGCUCCCCGUUGCCGUCAUGAGGUGCUGUGCUUAGAGGAAUGCUGUGUUCUCGAACUUCGGCAGCGCUCUUAAGAGUCUGUGCUUAGCAUUGAGGUACUGGUAGAAUACAAAACUAUUCAGUCUUUUUUUUCUCGUACUUAUAACUGAAGCAGCGAGCUUCACUCAAGAAUUUCCUGAAUGUAUACUGUCCGGAGUGUGUUCGUGAAGACAGGCCCCAAACGCGAACGAGGCCUGUGCAUUCGUGCCAAAAUGCCAUGUACGUGUCGGGUUGUUUUGCCUGCGGUCAAUCGUCCACUACGAAUUCAGCAAAAACCAAGAAAAAGAAACAAAUUUAAAAAACGUGACGUCUAAACCUGAAACACUGCUGCACUGCUAUGUCGAAAACAAGUCGUCAAGCCCGCACUGGCUGAUGUGUAUCUCUCAAAAGAGUCGUUCUCCUCGUUUUGCCCCGGUGGAUCACUACGGCAGGAAAGUGCCACGACUGGUACUUGAAAAACAUCGCUUCCACUGAUUAGCGAUACUGUAGUUCAUGUUUGCAGUGAUUUGCAAGUGCGCGUGUUUCAAGCUGGUGUGAUGAUGUGUCGUGUGGGUGGUGUUGCCUCUAUGACAUCUCUGUAUCUAGACAUGCGGAACUCUGCGACACUCGUACUUAAACCAGAGACCAAAGGCUAUAGUGAGAUCACGAGCGUGUGCCACUAUAUGAUGCUGUCCGAGCGUAUAUAGGACAUGAUUCUUGUAUGCUUAUCUGUAAGCCGUCACUUUUCCAACUGACGAAUGAAUGAAAGAUGCAUACCAUGUGACAUACCUGCAGUAGACAGAUCUUGACCACGGUGUAAGAUAUACAGGUGCUGACACUAUCCCCACAAUGGGUUGAAAAGUGCAAUCCCAGCACGUCUAGAUAAUGUUCGGGCCAUUAUCAGUUACCUCGUAGAUGGCGCUACGACGAACCAGAUCAGCCAUCUCGGUCUCGGCAACACGCUCGACAGAAACAUGGAUGCUGCUGAUUCUGGGUCUUUUUGAUGGCAUGUGCGACUGCGCUGUUUUGAAGCCAGGUUUCAUUUCUUCGCGUAUGUUUAAUGCUAUUAAGUCGACGAAGGUGACAUAAAAUUGCUGAAAGGUUUUCAAAAUGGCUAGGACGCGUUUUGUACCGAAUUGCCGUUCUGGCUUCGGACUUGUGCGGAGCGUGUGCCUCUCUUCAAAGUGCCGUCUGACAGUGAUCGUCUGACGGUGAUCGUUGGCAUAAAUAUGUGAAUUCGCAUCGCAACAUCUAGCCAUGAACAACCGCAUUACUUUAGUGUGCUGUGUAUGAUAUACUUGCGUGGUUGUAAUAUUUAUAUAUUUCAUUCAACAACUGCAUUGCUCUUGUGUACUUAAUAGUGAAUACUUGCGUGUUUUAAAUAUUUUUUUAUAUCGCAUUCACACUGAACAAGCGCAAAUGCUCCAAAGAUUUCUUGUGUAAAUGAAAGCAUUGGUACGCAUGAAAUGGGUUUCUAGGCAGUAACAAUUCUCUUUUAUUAGAGGGGUAAUAAUUAUUAAUGAGGGUUUAUGCAUCAAAACCACGAUUUCAUUACGAGAGAUGCCAUAGUGGAGAGCUUCUGUCUGAUUUUGACCAUCCAAGGCUGUUUAACAUGCACCUACAUCUAAGCACGUGGAUGGAAGAUCUUUGCAUUUAAUACCCACGGGAAAGCAUUUUGACGGAGGAAUAGCACGCUGGCUAAAGUUUCUUUCUAAUUAUUUUUGUUUGUAUCGAGCAAUAUCGUGAACAGACAAAAAUACUAGUGCACGUGAUGUGAACUAUCUGUGUUGAUGUUCACACCCUCCUUGCACAAGGUAUUUUUGUGUUAAUACUUAAUCCUGUUAAAGUGUUACCUUUUAUCCUGAAAUAACAAAUUUUCUUUGCGCUUUAGGUAUUACUCACACCACUUAGAACGAAAAGGGGGAAGCAGAGGAAUUUAAAUGCGCCAGCACCGCGCUCUCGGUACGUUAGCCGCGGUGCCAUCUGACGGCUCGCAGCACAGCGCGACCGCGCGACCUAACCUUAUCUGGCCACUUAGGCGCACUCAGUGUGAACACCUGAUUAUUCUUACACCGUGAGCUAAACAGGAAUGCUCCGACGGGUGUAUCAGUGCAAGUUAGGUUCUCGGAAGCAAAAAAAAUCUAACUAAGUGAUGAUGGCUGGACUUGAGAUUACACCACCCUGGAACUUCUUCGUGCAAGAUUUCUAAUAAAUUAAAGUGCUUUUUUUUUUACUUGCCAGAAGGACGUUGGCAGAGAUGUCGUUUUUCGAGCUUUUUAUUUAUGUUUCAUCGCCGCUAAGAGCGUCUUCAUAUGCAUACUGUUGAAGUGUUUAAGAGACGCUUUUUUUUAUUGGCACGUUUUUUUUAUGUGUGUGUGCGUGCUGUUGGGCUGUUUGCAGCCCAAUGAUGAAGUGAUCACUGCCUUGAGAGUACGAGUCGAAAGGUUUGAAUUUCGCCAUUAUUGAGACAGCAGUGUGAUUUCGGCAUUGUUUCAGGGGGAAGUACUGUGAGAUAAAAUGUUACAAGAUACACUUCGGUGUCAUGGUGCUGGCUUUUUCGAUUUGCAGAAUGUAUGAAUUUGGGGUGAAAAAUUUGCCGUUUGUCAAUAAUUCUGAGUUCAUGACGAAGAGCGAUGUUUUCUUGCUCCCCUUGUUUAACUGUCUUUCUUUUUCUAUUUUUGUGUCAACAGCGAAUACCGAACACGUUAAAAAAUUUUACUAUGAGUUUACAUGUUUGACCGUUCGUAUGCUCAAUACAACACGCGGACGUUUGCUGCGCGAGUAUUGUCCUUAUUUUUUGAAUAUCUAUUUUUCUCUCGACGUACAUGCACGAAAAUGCCAGUUCUUGGCAAAUUAUGCAUUACAACUUAGCUUCAAAACUGCACAUUUUACUCUUUGAGUGUGCGAUUCGAGCUAUAUAUAUUUAGCACGCGGAAGAGGCGUUUGGUGUUGAACUUAUUAUUAUUAUUAUUGUUAUUAUGAAGCCGUGGUUGUGCAGCAUCACAGAAUUAGACGGUAAGCUAAACUUAUGCGGAUGCCUCGCUUGGUUCAGAUAGGUUCAGAUAGGUUAUAUUGUUGAUUAGCUAUAUUAACUUGAACAUUUCAAACUCUGAUCCUCAGAAAGUGGGGUUGUGGUUUGAAAUUGAAGCGUGGGUUCAGUUCAUAAUUUUUUUUGUUUGCUGCUGUGCAAAGACGUGUAGUAAAAAUGUAAAGUGCUCGAAGUGUAUUAAUACGUUUUGCUAUACAGCAUCACAUAAAAUAGGUUAUUAGCUACACACAUUGCUAAGAAAGGAAGGUGUUUAGCCUCUUACAGUAACAGCUGUAUUAAAUCGUAGUCCAACCACGUGUCACACAUCAACAGUUAUGCUCAUUUUUCUACCGCCUCAUUUCGAGCGUGCGCAGUUAAAAACAUUUGUUCACUAUCGUGGUAAUUACCUGUGUAGGCCUCAGUGGUCUACAACGCUGUCUGUGACAUUGAAUGGGAAAUGUCAGUAGCGAGGAAGAAAGGAAGACGGGAUGAGUACAUGCUCGGCGGCUUUUUUUCGUGCUGCUGUAUAUUCCUCUCCAGCCAUGAACCAACUCGCCCAAGAAAAAGCUUUCUUUUUGCGCUAUUCACUUGCCAGAAAACAACAGUCUUUAUGCAUGUGCCGAAGGCAGCAGAGUGACAACAUGAUACGCGCAUAUUCUCAAACUUGGAGCGGACCAGGCACGAGCUGCGCUCUGACCAAGACCUCACAGAUAAGGAAUGUAAUCCCGCGCGAUCGAACCGUGGCGUCUUUUUAGGCACCUCAGCAGUGUGUGUGGGCUUUCUGAUCUCCGAAGAGUUAUUCAUUAGACACAGAAUCGCUCUAGGUACAGUACUGGACACUGUCGAAUUGUAUAAUGAUGGUGUCUUGAAAGCCUUUUGGAGAGAGCGUGGCUGCCCCAUCGGCGCUUACAAGAUGGUGAAUUUGACUAAAUUCCUGAAUUCAGUGGUGCCCAGUGUGGUGGUCUUGCUGCGUCAGUCUUUCUGUAGCUGAGCUUUGCUCACAAUGACACCCACUUCUCGGAAAUAGAAUUUCUGUGAUAGUGUACCGUCGAUGCUUUUACUGGGUGCCAUGGUGCUGUGCCUGGCGUUUUGACUUCUCCACACCCAGUCUAUGAUUGCUUCACAUCUCCGACGACACGCGUUAUAUGAUAGGAGGUGGAGAGAGAGCAUUGUCAGGAGAGCUACUGGUGCGACUUCUUUCGAACGCAUGCGCGCAAUGUCAGGUGAAAAAAAAAAGGGGGCCAUAGUAUGAGCGUGGCCCUCUAUUCAGCUAGCAUUCGCCGAAACCCUGUAUAAAAACUGCGAGCACAGUGAACACAUGAACAAGUUUUUUGUUGUUGCUGUUUUGCGAACCAUUAUCUCGCAGAAACUAUUUUCACGACGACUGCUUCACACACGAUCCACGUGCCAAAAAAGAGAAAAGAGUGAAACUUGUUCGUCGGUGGUCCAAUAUUUAUUUCUUAUUGCGAGCAAUAUUUCGCAGGCGCACUCGCUACUGCCUCGCUCAGGGUGGAGCUUGUAAGGACGUCUCUGGCUCCAUGCGGAUAUUCUCUCAUGGUCAGGGAGCAUCGAAGAUGGGAACGGGGAUGUUUCGAACGCCGUGUCGGACAAGCUGCGGGGGUCAGUCUAGUCAAGAGUCGUCUUUUGACCCUCCCACUGCAUAAACAGUGUCCUCUUCUUUUGACUCUUUCAGGGAGCUUUCUGCACGCUUCCGUCGUAUCCCUUCACCAUAUUCCCUAUCGCGACCGAUUCAGUCAGAACUUUAAGAGUUUUAAACGAGCGGCUGUUGAAGGCAGCAAUGUACAUUUUCUCUCACACACUAUAGUCAGAGUCGCCUAAAACUGUCUGGCAAGGCACUUUUUUUAAUCCAUCUCUUUCUCUUUUUAAAUAUUCAGGCUUACACACCUUUGGCUCAUUACCAUGGUAUACGUAUAUGGUUUCGUUGUAAGAAAUAAUUAAAAUUACUGCGAGGUUUCUUUUGUCUUUUCAUCACUUCUCGUUGUAUAUCCGAGUACAGGGAACGGCCGGGGGUCUUGUUGAUUUUUUUCGAUUUGAUGCUUGAUCGUUAUUGUUUUUAUGAUUUGUUGAUAUUUAAGUAGCAUUAACAAGAUUUGUUUCCGUUGUUUCCAAGGAGUAUUUCUUUUUCUCGUUUUUGUACUCUGCAGUAACAUACGGGAGAAGUAGAAAGUGCAAAUGGGGUGGCUGUUCAACUGCACUUGCGUGAAUACUCGUGCCGCGGCUCUGUACUUAUAAAAAGCACGCAAAAAAAGGUAUGCGAGUUUGCAGAGUACUUAAAACAAGACUUCUAUAUGCCUUUCACAAGGAUUGCAGGUAGAUAUUGCAUCUUUGAUAAAUAUAUAUUACAGAUAUGAUACUGGUUGCACAACAGGCAACAUGCUCGCGUACGAUGAGCGUCUCCUCUCCCGUUUUUUAACCUAGUCCUUUCAUGCCUAUGCCGACUCUCUUUCCAACGUACACUACGGGCAUAUUGUAGGUGACUCUUAAUAAUACAAAAAAGACCAGAAAAGUUAACAUAGCUGCUCUCUCGUCAGAAAAGGUCCAGUUAUACAUACUAUGGCAAAUUACAUAUUACCGUUUUCUACAAAAGAUGAAAGAAAAGCUUCUGAAGAAACAGUCUGAAAUUGGCCAUGUUUACGGGGAUGUGGUUCUCCUCCCUGUAUAUACACCAGCUUGCAUGACGCAUCCUGAAUGUACAGGGUGUGCAUGCUUUUACAUUUCAUGUAUAUAUAUAGUAUAGUAUGCACAGCAGUGGUGUGCUCUAUACAAAAUGAUCGGGAUAAUCUAAUAAUUUAUACUUCUCCGGUGAAUUGCUGGUGAUUUCAGUAUAGUAUACACGUUCGACGUAUACUUUCAAACGACAAAAUGUCUGUUUCUAGAUGUCUAUAGAUUUUCAUUUUCUUCGCCCGAGCUAUGUCACAGAAUGUGCGAUGCCGAGGAAGCGCCUUUGCGACUGGCUCUCUGAAAUUCACUGAAAUAUGCAUGUCCCACCUUUUUUUGCUCCCUUUUCUCUCGCAUGCAUUAUGUCUCGUGCUACCAUUAAUUGAUCGCGCUGUUCCUGCGCAUGGGUUCGUCCACAAUUACUGUCAAUGAUGUCGAGUUUCGGUCUCCCCAGUUUCGCUGGCCACUUCAUUUUGGGUGUUUUGUAUAGUAAUAUGCAUGUCGCUGCGUCAACAAACUAAAAUGACUACCCAAGCUUUCCGACGUGGAACUUUGUGUACAGCCGCAUCUAUGUUUGUGCGUGCGAGCAUCCGGCUCUGUGAAGUCUUGCUCUGUGGAGCGACACCUAGCGGCAGUUGCGUGCUCUCACGCGGUGUGGCCAGGAGCAUGCGUGGCCUCAUUGACAUGCUCAGGUGCUUUGCAGGUGUGACCCUGUUUAAAGGUGCACUUGUUUUACCGAAGGUACAUGCUCCCUCGAGUCGCUUUCGGUCGGAACGCGUCAUCUUUUGCAGCCGAGACGGCGAAAGUGCCCUCAGGGAGCGUGCAUAUUCGGUGAAAUGAGCACACCUUUCAACGGGGCCGCACGUCCAAAGCACCUGAGUAUGUCAAUGAGGCUGCGCAUGCUCCUGGCCACACCACGUGAGAGCACGCAAGUGCCGCUAGGUGUCGCUCCACAGAGCAAGACUUCACAGAGCUGGAUGCUCGCAUGCACAGACGUGGACGCAGCUGUAUAUGCAUUGUGCAUUUGAUGGAGCUGUCACUGGGAGACUGCCACUUGGCCCAAGGUGAUUAGGGGUACCGUUCUGCACAUUGCAAGAAAGUUAAACAAUUAGUCUUUCUAGGCGCUCACGCAAGACACUUUCGUUCCUUAUUUCUAGUUGUGUUUUGCGAAUGUGUGCUCUGGACCCCAUAUAUAGUAUGUACCAUACGUUUUGUAGGUCGAGUUGUUGGUGCUCUGUAUUACGUCCGCAGAGUUGACGCUAUGCGGCGGUGUUUUGUUGAGCCUUGUCACAGAAGGGACGCACUUGUUGUACGACAUAAAAAAGAGCUUAUAUAUGAGACUCUCUCCCUCGACACUUGUAGCACUGCGCAGUACAGAAUAUCUUGUUGCGAUGCAUUUUUUCUCCUUGCGACCCACGUUUGUUUGUUCAUGUUUUCCUUUUUCGAUGAUGAAAAGCAAAAAUAAAAAAUAUUGACUACCUAUGCAAAA